CAGUCUAUUUUAGUCCCUAUAAAGGAGGGACAGAAAGGUAGAAAGAGCACAGAAGAGCUGAGAGCAUCUGAGACAGUUCUCAGACCUGUGUUGCUGUGGUGUAAGAGUCUAUUCUAGGUUGGGAGGUUGCCUUGAUGUCUGGAUCCAACAUGAGAGCUCCCGUUUGUCUGGUGGAAAACAUCAGUGAGCGGCUCUCAGUGAAUCAGGAAGCUCUACAGAUUCUUGACCAGAUUUCUCAGCCAGUGGUGGUCGUGGCCAUUGUGGGACUGUAUCGCACAGGCAAAUCCUACUUGAUGAACUGUCUCGCAGGACAGAACCAUGGUUUCCCUCUGGGCUCUACGGUGCAGUCUGAAACCAAGGGCAUCUGGAUGUGGUGUGUGCCCCACCCCUCCAAGCCUAACCACACUCUGGUCCUGCUGGACACUGAGGGCCUGGGAGAUGUAGAAAAGGGUGACCCUAAGAAUGACUCGUGGAUUUUUGCCCUGGCCGUGCUUCUGAGCAGCGUGUUCGUCUACAACAGCAUGGGCACCAUCAACCACCAGGCCCUGGAGCAGCUGCAUUAUGUGACAGAGCUGACAGAACUCAUCAGGGCAAAGUCCUCCCCUACACCAGAUGAAGGAGAUGAUUCCAUGGAGUUUGUGAGUUUCUUUCCAGACUUUGUCUGGACUGUACGGGAUUUCACCCUGGAGCUGAAGUUAAAAGGUCGCCCUAUCACAGAAGAUGAGUACCUGGAGAAUGCCUUGAAGCUGGUUCCAGGCAUGGGCUACAAAGCCCAAAAAGCCAAUCUUCCCAUAGAGUGCAUUCGGCAUUUCUUUCCAAAACGGAAGUGUUUUGUCUUUUACCGGCCAAUAAAUGACAACAAACUGCUAGCCAACAUUGAGAAUGUUCCAGAAAACCAACUGGAUCCUAAAUUCCAGGAACAAACCAUGAAUUUCUCUUCUCACAUCUUCACCCACGCGAGGACCAAGAUGCUCAGAAAGGGAGCCAAAGUUACUGGGAAACGGCUAAAAACUUUGGUAGUGACUUAUGUGGAUGCCAUCAACAGUGGAGCAGUGCCUUGUUUGGAGAAUGCAGUGACAACUCUGGCCCAGAUCGAGAACUCAGCGGCUGUGCAGAAGGCAGCCGACCACUACAGCGAGCAGAUGGCCCAGCGAGUGAGGUUCCCCACAGACUCGCUCCAGGAGCUGCUGGAUUUGCACGCGGCCUGUGAGAAGGAAGCCAUUGAGAUCUUCAUGGAGAACUCCUUCAAGGAUGAAGGGCAGGAGUUCCAGAAGAAGCUUGCGGAAAUCAUAAAGGAUAAGAAGGAUGGUUUCAUCCUGCAGAAUGAAGAGGAAUCUGUUAAGUACUGCCAGGCUACCCUUGAUCAGCUUUCAGUGGCCCUCGUGGAAAGUAUUUCAGCAGGAACUUUCUCUGUUCCUGGGGGUCACAAGCUCUACUUGGAAACAAAGGAAAGGAUUGAAGGGGACUAUUACAAAGUGCCCAGGAAAGGAGUGAAGGCAGAUAAGGUCCUCCAGAAAUUCCUGCAGUCACAGGUGGCAAUAGAGCAAUCUAUCCUGCAGGCAGACAAAGGGCUCACAGAUGCACAGAAGGUCAUAGCAGAGGAGCAGGCCAGGAAGGAGGCUGCUGAGAAGGAGCAGGAGCUGAUGAAACAGAAACUGCAGGAGCAGCAGCAACAGAUGGAGGCCCAGAGCAAGAGUCUCAAGGAAAACAUAGCUCAGCUGAAGGAGAAGCUGGAGCAAGACAGAGAGAACAUAAUAAGAGAGCAGAAUACGAUGAUGGAGCAUAAACUGAAGGUCCAAGAACAUCUGCUUAAUGAAGGAUUUAAAGAGAAAGCUGAAGAAUUGAAUGCAGAAAUAUAUCGGUUGAAAAAUAUGAUUGAUACUACUCAAGAAAAGGAUACACCCUGGAUUGCAGAAGCAUUAGAAAAAUUUGGCAGUGAGCUCACUCUAGUAUUGUCAGCUCCUGCUAAACUUGCUGGUAAUAUUGUGAAAGGUAUAGGUGCAUUACUUAAAAAUGAUUAGUUUUCCUUUUAAAAGAAGUAUAAAGUGUGGAUACAUACUCUGGCA